AUGGUUUGGAAUAAUACGCCAGAGUAUGCAGAGGUUAUAAAAGCAGCGAAGGCUGGCAAUUGGGACCAAGUGCAGGAAUUGUUAAAUAGCAAUCUUGGGAAGCAAGCUGGAUGGAAGCCUCCUUUAUUCGACAGCUUACGGGAUCUGAAGCCUGAAAAUGGCGGCCAUGUCUACGGAGAAGCUGAGUACGCGUACCAUUCUGCUUCCAACGUCAAUGGCAAGACCACGGAGCACAAUGCAGGACACAAGAUCAUAAACGAAGAUGGACGAGUCAAGGAGUUCGACUUCACACCAAGCACGAGUCAUGCGCCUCUUCUUCAGUCCCUCGUCUCUUCCCUUGGUCAGAAAGCCGCUGACUUCGCAGCAUCAGAUUACCACUAUCAAUACGGUGGAUCGGUAGCUGGUAAGCCAAACUUCGCGGCACAGAAACUCAGCAACAAUGUGCAACAGGACUACUAUCCAAGAAAUUCGGCAGUUGUACCUAUCCCUCCAAAAAAACUGAAUGAUUCCACAAACCCACAAGAUGUUGAAUAUGAAUAUGUGCUCACAAGCGGUACGGAGGAUGACAAACCACCUCGCGAAAUAAACGUUUCAGAAGAAAAUAAAUUCAAUACCUUACAUGAAGCAGAACAAAAUAAUGAAAUCGCACAGGCCGAUCAAGCUCCAGUUUCUUAUAAUGAAGCUGGAAAAGAGGGAAAAUAUAAAGAUGGUCUCAAGUAUCUCAUAGAUAUUGAGGAGCCACCAGAGGCUGAACCAGUGACCACGAAUGAUAAUAAAACACCAACACCAUUCAAAAGCACAGUGACAACUACUGAACCAAAGUUUUUACUCCGUGUAGCCGAUGUUGCUAUAGAAAGAGUAAAAAGACCUACAACAACAGUUCAAGCAGACGAUUAUAUGUAUAAUGUUGCACCAAGGUCCUUAGAAGAUGGCGUUAUGAUUACUAGCACAGACCGUAACAAAGAAAAUAAAAUAAAAAAUAGUUAUAAAGAUACACCAAUACUCAUUCCGUUUGAAGAGAAACCCAUUUACAAAGCGGCGCCUGUCACACCUCGCACGACUGACGUGCCCACCCCAUCACGAUUACCGAUUGCAAAUUUAUUCUCUAACAUUGAUUAUAUGGCUGAACCAGUCGUCACAGGCAAAUCCAUGAUCAAAUUCAUCGAUCAAAAUCAAGAAAAAAAUCAAAAAGUGGUACAUUUGCCUAUGGAAAUACAGACAACUCAAACGUCUACACAACACACCACGGUAACACGUAAAAAGUCGAAAAUGAGUGAUGCGGAUUACAUAGCUUAUGUAGCAUCUGCUAUAGAAGACAGAUUAGAUCAAAUCAGCCAACAACUGGACAAAACUGACUUUAAUAAAUUGAAUUCCGAGAUCUUCUCAAGCACCAAGAAAACCACGAAAAAAGAGCGUUCCAAGUUUUUAGAAGAGAAACCUUUGUUUUCCCAUUCGUUUGAUAAGAAGUUUGCUUACAAAAACUUUUCUUCGUACCUCGAUACCAAAAAACCAGAACAUAUUCAGAGAAAACAAUUCCGUGCAAGCACAACAGAAGCGUAUUCUUCCCUGACUUUCACGAACGUCCGUGAUCUGAAGCCACCCCAGGGCGGCCAUGUUUACGGUGAAGCCCAGUACGCCUACCACACAGCCACGAACAUCAAUGGCCAGAAAACUGAGGACGCUGGAGGCCACAAGAUCAUCAACAAUGAUGGCAAAGUCAAAGAGUUUGAUUUCACACCCAAACCCAAAUUCGGCCCUCUCAAGAAAUUACCUUUAGCAGUUCUUGACAAAGACAUCGGCUCGUUAAAGAGUCUGUUUCUACAGUAAUUUGGAUAAUUAAUGGAAUAAUCUGAAUGCAAGUUGCCAUGUCUUUACCUUUGAAGUUUAUUUUGUAGAGAAAUUGUGAGCUAAAUUAUUAACAUGUAAAGUAGAUUAUGAUAUGACAUUACUAUUUCAUUUAUUAAGAUAAACUGUCACACUCAGAGGCAUUUGAUGUUGACUUAAACUUAAACCGUUGCUUAGAAACGAUUUUGUUUCGAAAACAAUUGCUAAAGACUGGGUUAAGUGACUCUGAGUACGGCGGUAAGAUGUUAAUGUCUUAAAAUUGUAAAAUUCACAAACUUAAUAUAAAAAACUAAUAUUGUAGAUAUAGAAAGGGAUAUGCUUUCCAAAACAUACAUCUUCAUUCUCAUAUUACAAUAGAUAUUAAGUUUGCCAUAGUACAAGUUAAAUAGUACCUUUGGCUGUUGCAUUACGUGUUAUUUUGCUACGCGUUUAUUAUCAGGCACCUAAAGUUUAGUAAGUCAUCAACGAAAAACAAGAAGUAAGAAUACUUAUUUAUACUACUUAGAAUACUUAUUUCCCAAAAGAAACAUAAUUAAAUAACUAUGCAGCCAGUUAUAUAAAGCCGUGUCAUAUUAUAUUUAUUUUAAGUACAAAAUAAUGAAAAUAUUUUCCGCCUUAUGUACAGGGCUUGAACCUAGAGCCCAGUAUCGCACAACAUGAUUUUCAGUUGACAUUUUGAUUUUAAAUAAGUAAUCUAAAACUUACUAAUAUUAUUUACAACUUACAAAUUAAAAUUAUAUAUAAGAAACAUAAAAAAGUAGGAAAAGAAAUAAAACUAAAAUUAUCCUCAUUGGAGUCGUGAGGUAGCGUGCCCAAAUGACUGGCAGCAUUGCCAUGUUAAAUGGCAAUGCUUAACCUUGACAGAAGCCUUUCGGUCACCUGUAGUAUCAACCGUCCUCUUUACAAUAUCUUUGUAAAGGAGAUGUGCACUUGGACCCCACGGCCCUAAAGUGGGGUAUAUUAUUUUUUUAAUUUUGUUGUCGUAACUAAUGUAUUUGUUAUGUGAGAUUGUUGAGUGGAGAAUAUGCUGUGAUCGUUAUUAGUUUAUUGUUAUAAUUAUGUAUUGUAAAUAAAUUUAAAAUUGAAAUGUAAAA